ACAAACAAAUUGUUUUCCAAAAUAAAAGAGUUCCAGGCGAUGGCCGUGUUUAUACAUGGAAAUGAUGGAUAAAAAUUAGUGUUGACAAAUACGUCAUGCCAUGAAAUUUUCUUCGUCGUUAGAUCUAAAUGGCAGGAGGAUCCAGAAAAGGCCACAAAGAGUUGUUACAUAAAUUCAAAUCUAAAGUGAUAGCCAAGUUAUUUGGAAAUAGAGAAGGCAUAGAGACACAGCCUAGUGAUCAGUCUGAAGAUGAAGUCAUAAGUCUUACAAGCAGCUCAUCAACCCUUUCAGGUCUAGAUGUUGACUGUCGUGCGAGGGAAGUUCGAAUUUAUGGAGCUCAGUGUUGUCCUACUGGCAGCAAACACAGGGAUCACAUCAAUGAACCAGUUCAUAUGGUUGGCUCUUCUUCAUAUCUAAGUGAUGAUGAGGAUUCUGAUAGUAUUUCUGCUCCAAGAAAACGCAAAAGGAAAAAAACCCAUACUUGUUCAGAAGCUUUAAAAAAAGCCCAACAAGCAGCAUCCUCAUCUUCAUCUAGUAGUCAAACAACAGACAUGCAAAAUCAAGAGACAACCUCAGCAAGGUUAACUAAGAAUCAAAGAAGAAAACUUAAAAAAAAAAAGAGAGAGAGCAAGAAAAAGUUUAACAAAUAUCAAGCUUCAGAAUUUGUUUUUGACUCAAGUAGCAAUAAUAUGGAGUUUUUUAAUCAAAGCGUGUCAUCUCAGAGCAAAGAGGAGCAUCUAAAAUCAGUGAAAGAAUUUCUGGAAGCCAUAUGGGAAAUAUUUUAUUGCCAGAAUCCAGAAGAAGCCUAUACUUCAUCUGAAUUUCAAAAUCUUUUAAUGAAAGUGGAACAAUGUCAUGCUGAUGAAUUACUGCUUCUAUUUAGUGUCAUGUCAACACUGGUGCUGAGUAACCAAGUGAUAGGAAGGAAGACGAUAGAAGAAUUUAAAAGAAAGACAACACUCAAUUCAGAACUGAAGACUUUUGUUACAAAUCUGUUUUUGUAUUGGACAAAUGAAGUCAUGAAAAGUUGACACUCAAACUUACAUGAUGCAGUGAAUGAAAGGAUUGCCAGCAGUUGAUCCAAGAGUAUUGUAGUCAUAUUUGACUCUGUACAUAUUUGAGAAAGCAUUUUCUUAUGUCAAUAAAUUAUUGAAUAGAAAA